AUGAGUUAUAUAACCAACAAACUUUCAUUUGUGUUGCAGGUUGACCUUUGUGGUCAUGCAACAUUAGCAGCUGCACACAUUCUUUUUAUGUCUGGUUUGGUAAAUACCAACAAAAUUGAGUUCUCCACGCUAUCUGGAAUUCUCACUGCCCAGAAGGUUCCUGAAAUUAAAAAAUCAGAUACAAACUGUUGGGAUGCCGAAGCACAACAGCAGUUCUUCAUUGAAUUAGACUUUCCUUCUGUCCCGGUGGUUGAGUGCAAUUCAGUUGAGGUUUCAUCAGUUCACAAAGCUUUGAAAGGUGCAUCAGUGACUGAUAUUAAGAAGACAGGAAAUAAACUCCUUGUUGAGCUCUCAUCAGCGAAAACUGUUGCAGAUUUUCAGCCUGAGUUUGAUGAGAUAGAAAAAUGUCCUGGACAGGGAUUAAUUAUAACAGGGCUUGCACUUCCUCACUCUGGAUUUGAUUUUUUCAGUCGUUACUUCUGUCCAAAAUAUGGGGUCAAGGAGGAUCCGGUCACUGGGAGUGCACAUUGUGCGUUGGCACCCUAUUGGUCCAAAAGCCUGGGAAAGUGUGAUUUUGUUGCAUAUCAGGCAUCUCCUCGAGGUGGAACGUUGCACCUGCAUUUGGAUGAGCAGAAGCAGAGGGUGCUUCUUCGAGGGAAAGCUGUUCCUGUGAUGGAAGGUUUUCUUUUAGCCUAAAUUUGCGGCAGUUGGCAUUCUGCAUGUACAAGCACGCUCAAGAAA